GUUGAAACGGUUCCCCUGACAGCAGUGAAGACGGGAUUGCAGAAAGGUGCCAGCGAGAUUUCAGAUUCUUGUAAACCUUUAAAGAAAAGAAGUCGUGCCUCAACUGACGUAGAACUGACCAGCUCAGCUUACAGAGAUACAUCUGACUCUGAUUCAAGAGGACUGAACGAUUUACAGGGUAGUUUUGGAAAGCGUUCAGACAGCCCGUCAGCUGCGGCCGAUGCCGAUGCCUCUGACGUGCAGUCAGUAGACUCCAGCUUAUCCAGGAGAGGAACUGGAACAAGCAAAAAAGACACUGUUUGUCAGAUCUGUGAGAGCUCUGGCGAGUCUCUGGUGUCCUGUGAGGGCGAGUGUUGCAGCUUCUUCCACAUGGAGUGCCUCGGCCUGAAGGCGAUGCCCGAGGAGAAGUUCAUCUGCGCCGAGUGUAAAAGCGGAGAACACACGUGCUUUUCGUGCAAGCUUCCUGGCACAGACGUGAAGCGCUGCUCUGUCAGCACAUGCGGUAAAUUCUACCACGAGGCCUGCGUGCGCAAGUUUGCCACCGCUCUGUUCGAGUCGCGGGGCUUCCGCUGCCCGCAGCACUGCUGCAGCGCCUGCGCCAUGGACAAGGACAUCCAUAAAGCAAGCAAAG